CAGACAUUUUCAGAGGCAGCUAAACGGUCUGAGCAGCACUUUUGACGUCAGGAAUAAUCAUUACAGCCUACUCUCUCAUCCGGGUCUCUCUUUGCUCUCCUCCUCUCCCCUCAUCCCUUGUGGUUUUAAUAUCUAUUUAAUCCACAGCAGCAGCGGAGGCAGCAACAGCAACACGUAUGCACACAAGUGAAGAGGGAGAAGCCGAGUGACUCUCUCCAUCACCGAUCAACAUCUAUCUGCGUUCGGCUCUUUCCCUUAAAAAUAUACCGGAGAGGAUGUGUGCACCGCGGCUCAACAAGUCUCUUUUGUUUUUCACACAUUAAAGUGCGGAUGGCUGCGGGAUGGAGAUAGCCUUGGUGAGCUUUGAGAACGGUGGCGCCAAAGGUAGCGGUGGUGGUGGCAGCGCCGGCAACAAUGCCGAGGAGAGCUGCCGAAACGCGCUGGAUGUCCCCCAUCAUCAUCAUCAUCAUCAGCCGGGCUUCGUGCAAACUGGACUCGGAGGAGAGGACUACGGUAAAGAGCUGAACACCCAGGGGAGUCCCCAUCAGCAUCAGCAUCAGCAUCAGCUGCAACAUCAUCUGCAUCAGAGCUCCUGGAAAAUCAACGACAUGAACAACACUUUCAGCUGUAGCGAGAACGCCAUGGAUGCGCUUUUACGCGCGGACCACAGUCCCCAUCUGUUUGACGAGGACAUGCUGGACAUGGACACGGAGAGCAACGAGAGGGUGCUGAUCAACAUCGCCGGGCUGAGGUACGAGACCCAGCUGGGCACCCUGAACCAGUUCCCCGACACUCUGCUGGGAGACCCCGCCAAGAGGAUUAAAUACUUUGACCCGCUCCGGAACGAGUACUUUUUCGACCGCAACAGGCCGAGCUUUGACGGGAUUUUGUAUUUUUAUCAGUCAGGGGGGAAGAUCCGCAGACCAGUCAACGUGUCCAUUGAUGUGUUCGCGGAUGAGAUUAGGUUUUACCAGCUGGGGGAGGAGGCCAUGGAGCGUUUCCGUGAGGAUGAAGGCUUUAUAAAAGAGGAGGAAAAGCCCCUGCCUCAGAAUGAGUUUCAGAAGCAGGUCUGGCUCAUUUUCGAGUAUCCUGAGAGCUCCAUGCCGGCUCGCGGCAUCGCCAUCGUGUCUGUGAUUGUUAUCACCAUAUCCAUCAUCACCUUCUGCCUGGAGACGCUGCCAGAGUUUCGGGAUGAGAGGGAGCUUCCAGUCACCAGCCGGCUGGACAACAGCACGGCGCCGCGGUCCUCCCUCACUUUCACCGACCCCUUCUUCAUCAUAGAGACAACGUGCGUGAUCUGGUUCACUUUCGAGCUGUUCGUGCGCUUCUUCGCGUGCCCGAGCAAGUCUGAGUUCUCCAAAACGGUCAUGAAUAUCAUCGAUAUCAUGUCCAUCAUGCCUUACUUCAUCACAGUGGGCACGGAGCUGGCGGAGCAGCAGGGCCAGGAGCACCAGAACGGGCAGCAGGCCAUGUCGCUCGCCAUCCUGAGGGUCAUCCGUCUCGUGCGGGUCUUCCGAAUCUUCAAACUCUCCCGACACUCGAAGGGGCUGCAGAUCCUGGGGCAGACUCUCAAAGCCAGCAUGCGGGAGCUCGGCUUGCUCAUCUUCUUCCUCUUCAUCGGCGUCAUCCUCUUCUCCAGCGCCGUGUUCUUCGCCGAGGCGGACGAACCCGAGUCCCACUUCUCCAGCAUCCCGGACGCCUUCUGGUGGGCCGUGGUCACGAUGACGACCGUGGGCUACGGCGACAUGAGGCCGAUCACAGUCGGGGGGAAGAUCGUGGGCUCGCUGUGCGCUAUCGCCGGCGUGCUGACAAUCGCGCUGCCUGUGCCGGUCAUCGUGUCCAACUUCAACUACUUCUACCACAGAGAGACGGACCAGGAUCAGUCCUCGCUGAAGGACGAGCCCAACAGCGGCCGGGCGAGCCCCGAACUGAAGCGCAAAGGGAGUAAGUCGUCGGCGAAAUCGCAGGACGUGGAAAACAGCGACGCGAACGGGUCGGCUGAGAAGGCGAAUAUCAAAGCGAACAGCAGCAUGGACUUCAAGAGAUCCCUUUACGCUUUCUGCUUGGACACGCGGGAGACAGACCUGUAGUCCUUUCCAAGACCCCCUGACUUUAAAAAAAACUAAAAUAUACAUAUAUAUUAAAGCCCACAUAGUUGUUUAGAAUAAACCCCCAUUAAUGGGUUCUUAAGUCUUUGCACAUAGCAGUUGGGAGGAUCAACACAUUUGCAAUCCUGAAAAGUUUUAAAAGAGCGGCAGGGGUUGAUUUAUAAAAAGCACAUUUUUAAUCCCGCUCAUCUGGUUUAAGCACAUCCGUUGGAAGUGGAGGUCUGAACAAAAAAAAACAACACAGUGAUGCAACUCAGUGGCCCUUUAAAAAGUAGGAACUCCUAAAGAACAUUAUAUGAAACUCAUGGAUCAAUAAAAAGUGGGACAUGUCUUGCAUGUGCUGCAGAUAAUCGAGCACGAGCAGGACUUGGAAUAAUUACUUGACAUCUGAGGAUUUACAGGACCAACCAGACUCUUUGUACAUAAAACGUUAGGAAGCUGUCCGUGUUCAGUCGCCAAAUUUUAUUUUUCGUACCUACCCUACAUUUAGUCAUUAUGUUUACGCUGAAAAAGUUGCAGCAGUCGUGUACAUAAAUAUAUCCCGUUAAGCCUACUAUUUAUGAAUUGGAUCAUAGUGUUAUCGUAGAUUUUGAGAAGUAUAUUUUUGAGAUGCCCAGACACCUGUUUUCCUCAGGUUGUGUCAAAGAAGUGAGAUAUUUUUCCUUUUUGAUUUUUUUUUCAGAAGACCUAAAGAGAAGAUUUUUAGCCUUUGUCUGUGAUCAUUUUAAAACUAAAAGAACAUUUUUGAAUUCUUAAAUUAAAAAAAGGGACAUUAUGUGGGAGUAAGCUGAAGGAAUGCCAAGAAACGAGGACAGAGCAAAGACCAUCUGGAGACAUCAAGCGACAUGGACACCAGAGAGUUGACGCCCUGCCCUCCGAUCAUCAGGAGAGUCGAUCCAUCCCGCGGGACCCCCCUAACCUCUGACCUCUGCCAAGACACACAAACACACACCAGAACUGCUGCUGCACUUCACAAAAAAAAAAAA